AUGGAGGCAUAUUCAUAUACAUAUCCACAAGAAGAGGAGAAAAAAGCUAAACAGUUACCUUCUUUUCUUACAUCGCUCCAUUCAGUUCGUAAGGUUCCAACAAAACCAAUGAAGAAACCAAUAGCACCAUUCCCACCAACCCCACCAAAAAUCUACAGUGUGGAUCCUGUUAACUUUAAGGAAGUUGUUCAGAAGCUCACAGGUGCAGCACCUGAGUUCCAUCACCAGGAGGUGGUGCCUCCCGCACUCGGCCUCUUAUCAACCACAACCACCGACGUGGGUCCCAGGCGACCACCUAUUGUUUAUCCUUCGGUUAAAAUGCCGUCGACUGAAGAAGUACUGUAUAAUGAUCAUAUGGGUGAAACAGAAGAGGGGAAAUCUUUUGGAGCAGUUGGGCUGAGUUUUUCGCCUUCUUCACUUGCAUGGUAUUCCUCCCUUUUUCCAAGUCCAAGAACUCUAUCCUCUCUCGCCUCGAGUAGACUUUGA